AUGUCAAAUUCUAAAGAAAAAUCAUCAAUAAGUGAUUCACAACGAAGAAAUACCGAUUCUUCAUUAUCCGAAAAAUCAAUGACCAAUACACCUACAACUAAUAAUACCAAAAAUGACCAACUAUCUACACAGGGCCAUGUAUCACAACAGUACUAUAGACUACCAAUUGAAGAGGUGGUUAAGGAAUUCAAUACUGAUGUAGCAGAUGGAUUGUCACCAAACGAAGCCUCAUCGAGAAUCACCACCUAUGGUGCCAACAAUCUUGGUGAAGAGGAUUCCAUAUCCUACACCAAAAUUUUGGCCCACCAAGUUUUCAAUGCCAUGAUAUUAGUCUUGUUUAUCAGUAUGAUUAUUGCCCUUGCUAUUAGAGAUUGGAUUUCCGGUGGUGUUAUUGGAUUUGUUGUUGGUAUCAAUAUCCUCGUUGGGUUUGUCCAAGAAGUUAAAGCAGAGAAAACCAUGGGCUCGUUGCGUAACUUGUCAUCACCAACAGCAAGAGUCACGAGAAAUGGAGAUGAUAUCACUAUUCCAGCUGAAGAAGUUGUUCCAGGAGAUGUUGUCCAUGUCAAAGUUGGUGAUACUGUGCCUGCUGAUUUGAGAUUGUUUGAUGCUAUGAAUUUGGAAACUGACGAGGCGCUAUUGACAGGUGAGUCGUUGCCAGUGCAAAAGGAUCACACAGCUAUUUAUGAUGACUACUCAGUGCCUAUCCCCGUUGGUGAUAGAUUAAAUUUGGUUUACUCGUCUUCGGUUGUUUCCAAAGGUAGAGGUUCCGGUAUUGCUUAUGGAACUGGUUUAAGCACUGAAAUUGGUCAAAUUGCUCAAUCACUUAGAGGUAACACUGGGUUAAUUAGAAAAGUUGACAAAUCAAAUGGUAAACCGAAAAAGAGAGAAUAUGGCCGUGCUUGUGCUGGAACUGUUUACGAUAUCGUGGGAAACGUUCUUGGUAUAACUGUUGGAACACCAUUGCAAAGAAAACUUUCAUGGUUGGCUAUUUUCUUGUUUUGGGUGGCGGUUGUGUUUGCCAUUGUUGUAUUGGGUUCGCAAAAGAUGAUUGUUAAUCGUGAAGUUGCCAUUUACGCCAUUUGUGUGGCAUUGUCCAUGAUCCCAUCUGCCCUUAUUGUUGUCUUGACCAUUACCAUGGCUGUUGGUGCUCAAGUUAUGGUUUCGAAAAAUGUCAUUGUCCGUAAAUUGGACUCAUUGGAAGCUUUAGGAGGUAUCAAUGAUAUUUGUUCCGACAAGACAGGUACUUUAACUCAAGGUAAGAUGAUUGCUAAAAAAGUUUGGUUGCCAAAUGUUGGUACCUUGGAAGUGCAAAAUUCAAAUGAGCCAUAUAAUCCAACGGUGGGUGAUGUGAAAUACGCUCCAUACUCGCCAUAUUUCAUCAAAGAAACCGACGAAGAAGUUGAUUUUAAUAAACAUCAUCCUGAUCCCAUGCCACAAAGCAUGCAUAACUGGUUAAUGACCGCUACUUUGGCAAAUAUUGCCACUGUCAAUCAAAGCAAAGAUGAAGAACUGGGCGAAAUUGUUUGGAAGGCCCAUGGAGAUGCUACUGAAAUUGCCAUUCAGGUGUUCACCACAAGGUUAGAUUACGCUAGGGAGUCAUUGGUUGAUGGGUAUGAACAUAUUGCUGAAUUUCCCUUUGAUUCGUCAAUUAAAAGAAUGUCGGCAAUUUACAAGGAUAAAAAAUCGGGUGAAACUAGAGUUUACACUAAAGGUGCCGUUGAAAGAGUUGUUCAAUUGUGUACCACCUGGUAUGGCGAGGGCACUGAUGAUUCACAAGAGUUGCAAGAAUUGACUGACUCGGACAAACACUCAAUCGAAGAAAAUAUGGCAGCAUUAUCGUCCCAAGGUUUAAGAGUAUUGGCAUUUGCCACUAGAACCAUCGAUGACGGUUUCGAUGACCGUGAAAAUGUCGAAUCUAAUUUAACUUUCCAAGGUCUUAUUGGUAUUUAUGAUCCCCCAAGAGAAGAAACUGCUGGUUCUGUCAAGUUAUGUCACAAGGCGGGUAUCAACGUUCACAUGCUUACCGGUGACCAUCCAGGUACAGCCAAGGCCAUUGCCCAAGAAGUGGGAAUCUUGCCUCAUAACUUGUACCACUACUCAGAAGACGUUGUUAAAGUGAUGGUUAUGACUGCUAAUGAAUUUGAUGCUUUAUCCGAUGACGAUAUUGACAACUUACCCGUGUUGCCAUUAGUUAUUGCCCGUUGUGCUCCUCAAACCAAGGUCCGUAUGAUUGACGCAUUGCAUCGUCGUGAAAAGUUUGCUGCCAUGACUGGUGACGGUGUUAAUGAUUCUCCCUCUUUGAAAAAGGCCGAUGUUGGUAUUGCUAUGGGCAUGAAUGGUUCUGAUGUUGCAAAGGAUGCCUCUGACAUUGUGUUAACUGAUGAUAACUUCGCUUCCAUCUUGAAUGCUAUUGAAGAAGGUAGAAGAAUGUCGGCCAAUAUUCAGAAAUUCGUUUUGCAAUUAUUGGCAGAAAAUGUGGCUCAAGCAAUUUACUUGAUGGUUGGUUUAGUAUUUAUGGACGAAUCAGGAUUUUCCGUUUUCCCCUUGUCUCCCGUUGAAGUGUUGUGGAUCUUGGUUGUUACUUCAUGUUUCCCCGCCAUGGGAUUGGGUCAAGAAAAAGCCAGUGAUGACAUUUUGGAAAAACCACCAAACAAUACCAUUUUCACUUGGGAAGUGAUUAUUGAUAUGUUGGGAUACGGGUUCUGGAUGGCAUGUUCGUGUUUGCUUUGCUUUGUCGUUAUUGUUUUUGGUCACGGCAAUGGAGAUUUAGGAGUCGAUUGUAAUUCAAUGGAUGCUGAUACCGAUGUGUGUGGAUUGGUUUUCCGCGGAAGAUCAGCAUCAUUUGCCAACAUGACCUGGUGCGCUUUAAUUCUUGCUUGGGAAUGCAUCCACCCCACUAAUUCCUUAUUUUACAUGAGACAAGAAACCGAUAAUCCAUGGUGGAAACAAACUGCUAUUGACUUGUGGGGCAACCAAUUCCUCUUUUGGUCAGUUAUUGGUGGGUUUGUCACUGUUUUCCCCGUCGUUUACAUUCCAGUUAUCAACACAAAGGUGUUUCUCCACAAGCCGAUUGGAUGGGAAUGGGGGGUUGCUUUUGCAUGCUCAGUGUUGUUUCUCCUUGGUGCUGAAGCUUGGAAAUGGGGUAAACGAGUAUUCUUUAGAAGAAUGACCAAUAAGAAAGCCAAUAACCCUGAAUAUGAGUUGGAAAGAAACGAUCCGUUCCAAAGAUAUGCCUCAUUUUCCAGAUCAGGUACUAUGGACAACCAAAAGUUUUUGGUUUAA